AUCUUACUUUUAUAUCUCGUUUUUUAUCAUAGUGUUAAUAACGUACUCUCUAUGAUUCUAUCAAAUCGUUGACUAUAUCGAUUACUUAUCACGUAAUGGAAUGGAUAUAUUCUGUAAGCAGAUGUAACAUAAUGAUGAAUCAUAAGAUUUCUCUGCUAACCUGUAGCAGUAUUAUAUUUUUCAUAUAUUUUCCUUGAUAAUAAAUGCCAAGAAAAAGGAAUAUAAAUCAAGAAAAAAUAUUCUACUCGAGCGAACUGAUAUAUUUAUCGUUAUUUCAGAAUUACUUUUAUAAAAAUAUAAAUGUCUUGUUUAAAGAGAUAUUAUACAUAUCUCUGAGCUUCAACAGAUUAUUGAAACUCGUUGCUCUUCCUCACAAAAGUAAACAUUACAAUAUCGUUUUCCUCUUAAACUCCGUAGGUCUACAUUGUAAUCGCAGCUGGCAAACACAUGUAUGUAUUUGGCAGCGUUUCUCAAUGAAAAAUAUUCGAUGUCACCAUUUUUUCAACUAAAAUGCAUAAAUCUCUUGAUUCGAAAAUUGUGAACAUUAUACCGUUCAAUCUUUAAUUGGUCGUAUAACAAAGCUAAGUUCUGUUUUAUUAUAAAACUUUAAUCUUAUAAAAAUCUUAUCUUUCAAAAAAAAAUAUUUUAAUAAAUCAUACUUUUAUUACAAUGAGUCAGAUAAUGUUAUAAGUAUUAUAAAGAAAUUAUUGCAGUUCCUUUGUUGUAUACAUACUUAUUCAUUUCUAAAUAUUGUGUUCGUUACCAGAUUUCUUAGGAAAAUAGUGCAUUAAGUUUACCUUUUUACAUUCUACACCGCUAUGAUGGAUGGAUGAUAUUAGCUGAUCGUUGCUAUUUACCGUUCUGCUACUAACGUGAGCGACACCCGGAUUGUAUAGUAACUUGAGUCAACCCGAUUACAGACCCAUCACCUGCUAAAAAAAAUGCAGUGCCGGGAAAUGAAGCCGGAUCUUUCAAAUGAGAGAGAGAGACCGCGAUGCCAACCAUUAUACCACAGAUGUGCGAAAUUAUUUAUAUAACAAGUAUUUAUAAUAAGUAUUAAUAGUAAUAAUAAUAAUUUCAUAAUAAUACUUAUAAAGAAAAAUUUUAAUUAAUUUCACAAUACAAUUUUAUGUCGCAUUAAAGUAAAAAUUUUAUCGAAUGAAUUUUUUUGUCAUCUCGCACGAUUAAUUAUGAAUCAUUUUGAAUUAUUAUUAUUCUGAUAAUACAUAAAAUGAGAGAGAAACAUUUAUUUCCUCGUUCCCCUUCCACAUGUUAACUAACCCCUACAUAUACGAGUAAUCCCUACCUCUUAUAUCGUAUGAGCUCGGUCAAGCGAUAUCGUUGAUAGGCGUGGGUGGUACGGAACAUGUCGUCGUGGUAACCGCCAUGAAUUCUAUAAACACAAGCACAUUGACGUGUAAGAGGUUGAAUGAAAAAACUGUCGGACUAGAUCAUAUUGGAUCUUCCUUUCCCGAUGUGUAAGAAGACAUGAAUGCGGCGCGUCCCGCGAGCGCCGUUUCUGCCUGAAAUCCCUCGUGAGCUAUACUCAAAAAGUCUGAACGACGAGAAAAUACUAACAACGACGACCAAAAGGACGAAAACGACGACGAUAACAACGUCCAACGUCAGAAGUACGAUGUCCGCCAAGAAAAACACCACGAAGGUUUCUGAGAUCGACGCUCAUGUCAGCAAUCAGUACGACAUCAUUCGACGUCUCGGCAAAGGGGCAUACGGCAUAGUAUGGAAGGCGAUAGAAAAGAAAACGAAGGAAACGGUGGCAGUGAAGAAGAUCUUCGAUGCAUUUAGAAAUCAAACAGACGCACAGCGUACUUUCCGUGAAAUAAUGUUUCUACUAUCGUUUUCGAAUCACGAGAACAUCGUACGACUAAUCGGUCUACACAAGGCGGACAACGAUCGGGAUAUUUAUCUCGUAUUCGAGUACAUGGAAACCGAUCUCCACAACGUCAUUAAGAAGGGCAACAUCCUUAAGGACAUCCAUAAGGUCUUCAUCAUGUAUCAAUUGUUCAAGGCUAUCAAGUAUAUACACUCUGGUAACGUCAUUCACAGAGAUUUGAAGCCAUCGAACGUCUUGCUGAACGCUCAAUGCCAUUGCAAGAUAGCUGACUUUGGCCUAGCACGAUCCGUCACACAUAUCGGUGAAGGGGAUGGUGAAACCGGAAGCGAUCCAACUCUGACCGAUUACGUCGCUACGAGAUGGUACCGCGCACCGGAAAUACUGAUUGCCUCGAAAAGGUACACGAAAGGCAUCGACAUGUGGUCCCUAGGUUGUAUUCUCGGUGAAAUGUUGCUGGGCAAACCGCUAUUUCCUGGUUCAUCGACGAUAAAUCAAGUCGAAAGAAUAAUGGCCACACUUCCAGCACCAACGGAAGAAGAUUUGAUUUCGGUUAGCGCUGGUUAUGGUACUAAUUUGUUGGAAAAGAGUCCAACUGGCCCGAAACGUUCCUUGAAGGAUUUAUUGCCUGAUGCAUCAAAAGAAGCUUUAGAUCUUAUUUGUCAUUUGAUAGUUUUCAAUCCAACACAUCGAUUGACAGCAGUAGAAGCUCUGGAGCAUACCUAUGUAGCUAGUUUUCACAGAAGAGGAAACGAACCUUCAAGAAGUACCAGCGUAGUACCAUUGUUGAGGGACGACGUGCAACUUUCAGUCGAAGAAUACAGGAAUAAGCUCUAUGCGAUGAUGGAUGAGAAACAUAGGAAGCAUAAAAAUAUGUCGAAAGCCAGAGUUAGACGUCUCUCGGAACAUAUCAGAAAGGAAACUUACAACUCUACAAAUAAUGGAAACUUUGUAGUCGGUCAAGGUGACGCAAUAACGAAUAAAAAUCUUCGCUCUUCGUGCGGUGAUCUGUAUAACAACAAAAACAAUUUCCAGACAUCUCAACGAACAAACGCACGAGCAAGUUUGGCAAACAGAAAAGUAAUAACGACAUCGCAAGGUCGUUCAGGUGACGAAAGUGCUCGAGUUGGCAAAACGAGGACGAUAAGUACGUCAGGGAAUAUAUCCUUACAAGAUAAUACAAAGAAUAAUCGGCACAACGGUAAAAAUCCGACCUCUCAGUACUCUUAUAAUCUUUCGAAUGGUCAUCUAGGAAAUUUGCCAGCGGGAACAACAAAAAGUUGUCUUUGUUUGAGUCAACAAAAUCAACAUCUGUCAAAAUCUCAAAGAUCCAUACAGUCGGAUCAAGUAACAGCGUAUGGCGCAAAUAUAAGAUGCAAUCAAUUAGGAGGAACGUCACGCAUGAAACUACGAAGAGGAUGCGAUAGGCAAACGCAUUCGACUCUGCAUCAACGUCCGCCUAUAGUAAACAACGUUGAUCGGUCGAAAACAACGAUGUUGAAGUCAUUGAAUGAGACUAACGAUUCGAAGCUCGGUUUACUAAGGUAUACUAAAUAUUUAACUACGACGUUGAACAACAAUAAUAAUAAUAAUAACAGGGUAACGAGGCACUUCGUAACAACUUCUCCGAUCAAUAGUAACAUUUUGAAUGGGAUCAGUAAUAGCAGUAACAGUGGAGGAAGUGCCAGCAGUUCUGAACUUUAUGCUCCUAGACGGUCGACUUCUCAAUUUCAAAUCGUUAGAAAUUAUUUAAAUCAGACGUUGCCGGUUCAUUCAUCGUCGGUUCAGCAACAGGAUCAGCAACAGGAUCAGCAACAGCGACAGCAACGUCAUCAUCGUCAAAAGAAAAUUCGAGGAUUGGAAAAAAUUACGUCGAAAACGGACAAGUUUAAUCCUAUUGAUAAUUAUUAUCUUAAAAGUUCAACAUUGAAGAGACCAGAGAUAUCAAAGAUUCAAAUGAGACACAGUUUCGGUGGAUUUAGUGUUCUCGAUAAAAAUAAAAACUCGGUGGAAAUUAGCUCGCGGACUAUCGAUAGUACCAAUCAAAGUCAUGGUAUUAUUACCGCUUCGGUUUACAAAGAUUUACGUAACGGAAUUAUAAAGUGGUGAUAAAUGGACGAGAAACUUCCGAAAGAAACAGUGAUAGUGAAAAAGAAAUAGAAAGAAAGAGGGAGAAAUGAAUGAUUCGUUUCUGUAAUAAAACUGAACAACAGAUAAAAUCGUGUUUUCGAUAGAUUAAAGAAAUUCACAGAAACAAAUCAUCGUACUCACUCCUGUUUCUUCAUCGAAAGUCAUUUCGUCCUGGAUAGAUGUAUACAUUCUUAAAAAAAAAAAAAGAAAAAAAAAGAAAAAACAAACAAAUAAACAAAAAAGAACAGAUAUCCAAUACGUUAGAUUAGAAACGUGAAAUUACAAGUACUAAAUUUUCAUACGUCGAUAUUUUUAAGUAUAUUACACUGUUUACAUCGAAUGGAGAUAGAAGAAAAAAAAAAUAUAUAUAUAUAACAAAGAAGAAGCUUUCGUCUCCGUGUUACUUUCUCUUGCAUGAUGUUUUCACAUCUUUAAUUGUGUAUCUUUAUGGAGUAUCUUACAAUUAGUAUAGCUUUUUAAUAUUCACUCGUCUACGUGAUUGUUCAUUAAUACAUCUUGCGCGAGAAAGUCAAAUGACAAAGCUUACUAGAUCAUUCGUAAAGAAUUACGUUAAUUAUAUAACGUACUUUGAAAGACUUUUUUAUGAAUCUUUUUAUAAGUCCUUUGGAUUUGGUAAAUCACCGUAAGAAUAUAAUUUGAUAAUCGAUCGAUCUCGUAAAAAAGGAAUAUUGAAGUGAGAGAGAGAGAGAGAGAGAGAGAGAGAGAGAGAGAGAGAGAGAGAAUCAAGAACAUAAGUCGUCUAAAGAAAAGUGCAUGUUGUAAAGUAUAAUUUUUUUUUUUUUUUUUUUUUUUUUAAAUAAAAAGAAAAUAAAAAAGUCCAAAGAUAAGAAAUGAUGGCGGAGAAAAAAGAAGUAAAUAAAAAUAAAUGAAAAGAAAAAAGUAAAAAAACAAGAAAAAUGAAAGACAAUGAAACGUAUCGUCUGCAAUGUUCGAGAAAACGUUGUUGCAAUUAAAUUAUAUGAAUAAAAAUAACUUAUUUAUUCAUCAAUAUAAAAAUACGAGGCACGUUUCAACGAAAUGGAUUUUCAUUUUUACAAAAGAAAAAAAAUAAUCCUGUAGUUAACACGAUCAACGAAUGAAAAAUAUUGAAAUAUAUAUGUACAUCUUGAAAAAUGAUUAACCUGUUCUAUUCUCUAUUGCAAUCUUGAAAUAGUUAUAAACAGGUUUCUUUCGAGAAAACGUGACCUUUCAUUUUUAUUUCCUUUUUUUUUUCUUUUUUUUUUUCUCGGUCGUUUAUUUUCUCCGAAAGAAAAGUCAUUUUCAUGUAUGUACGGCAUCAGGCAACGUUCUAUCUCAACGAUCGAACGCUCUCAUACAUACUAGAAAUCUUCGGAGACCUCUUAUUGUGUCGCAUCCCGAAAGAGGAUCCCUUUAUGGCUUCUCAGGUUUUCUUUUCUCUUUCAUUGUCAGCAAUACAACGAAACAUAUAUUUGAGUUGAACGUUCUAGAAGUUAAAAGUGAUGGGAAACGUCGUAAAUUCUUAGAGAAUUCGUCAUGUGCGUUUCUCGAUUUGCGAUAUCAUGGACAAAGACGAAAGCGUUAGAAAACCUUAAAACGUUUCAUCCCUUCAUAACAAGGGCAUCACGUUCGAGUUUCUCGAAUCAAGAAGGGAGUUGCUUCGAUAGCAGGAAACUUGAAAACAUCCUUUGAUUAUCAAUCGUUCUUUUCCUUAUACAUAUUUUCUUUUUUAGUAUCUAAAGAAAAAAAUCUCUUAGAUUCUAAACUCUACAAUUUUGUAAGAUUUAACACGUUUUUGUUCUGACCUAAUUUAUUAUCAUUUAUUAUUUAUUUGCUUUUUUUUUAUUUUUUUUUAAUCAUUUUCUUUUUCUCUUUCUUAUCGUUCUACCUGAAAUUAACAAUAGAAAACAAAUUUUUAUUACGACUCGAUCGUAAGUAAAGCCGAUAAUUUAAUGAAUUCGCUUAAGCCCAUUUUACGUGAAUAUUAAUGAUAUAUUAAUCUUUAUUCAAAAUACACGACACGAUAUGCUUUACAUAAAGUAAAGUACACAGAAUCUCCCAAAUUCGUCGAUACUUUAGCUUUCACUAUAUUACUCCAAUACAUUGUAAUUAAUGUUUAAAACGAAACUCGUUUCUUCGACGUGAUAUACAAUGUUAUGGUCAAACUUGCAGUAUCGUUGAAGCGGAAAUACCAUGAAUAAAUAUUUACACGAUGCGUAGUAGAUAAUAUUAUUGAUCUUCCUGAAUCUCAGAGUAUAAUAGUUUAUCGAUAAUAUUUUAUCGAGAAUCAGAAAAAUCAUCGGAAUAGCUUUUGUAACAAAAAUCGUCGUCGUCUUACAAUUAAUUACAAGAUCAGAUAUGAUUCUUUAUUUAUUUCUUCGAAAUUCUUUCCCUUUCUUUUUCUCUCUCUUUCUCUCUCUCUCUCUCUCUCUCUCUCUCUCUCUUUCUCUGUUUUUUCCUCUCUAUCUUUUCCUCUCUAUCUUUUCCUCCAUAUCUUUUCCUCCGUAUCUUUUCCUCCCUAUCUUUUUCUUUUAGUCGAUAAUCCAAUUAGCAAUCUCUUUUCAAUACACGUUCGUCGAGUGUCUACUAUCUAUAACAAUAUAUUCUCCGCUCGGGUUUCGUUUCACAUGACCAAUAAAAGCUCGGAUGAAAACUUUACGGCGAAUAACGCGAGCACUAUAAGAUGUUAAAUCGUCGUAUUUAUUGGCUCAUCGAUCGAUCGAAAGUAAUAGAGUUUACGUUAAAAAUAUACAUCGACCUGCAAUUUUUUUUUUCGUUUGGUUUAUUUGUUUUCUUUUUUCUUUUUUCUUUCUCUCUUUAAAUUAUUCACGAUAACAUUUGUAUGGCGAGAAACUUGAUCGGAAUAAAAAUUUAAUAUGUAAACAACAUAAAAUAAGUUCGCACAGUUGGUCGACUUAAUAAAUCAGUUAGCAUACCGCAAACUCGCUAUUCUCUACGAGUAUAAAAUACUUGCUCAAAAAUAAAAUCUAAGGUAGUACGAAGAAAUCUUUAUCACUUAAAACUUGUCGUAAAUUCGAUUGUUCUUACUCCUUACUUUAUUUGCCCUGUAAUUUGUUUUCUUUCUCGAAUUAGUUUCGCUUAAUCGAUUAUGGAUUAGCCAUAACAGUUCGUAAUUAUCGAUACUGUCCUAUCAGAUAAAAAAGUUUCCACUGUGCAUGUGUUCCUUUGUGGGCACGCAUAUGUGAAAAUGUGGGCGUGUGUAUGUGUAUAUACGUGCCUGUUUCUGAGUAUAAUCAUGUAAAUAUACAUUGAAGGGAAUUUAAUUAACAGCACUUCUCGUCUUUGUCGACGAAAAUGAUAUCAAUUAUUUUCCACAUUUUUCAAUUUUAAUAAUUUGAAAAUAUUUUCAAUGCUUACUAACGUUCGAUCGAUUUUCCCUUCAUUCCGAAUAAUUUGUUCUUUAAUUUCGUGUACAAUUACGACGGUAAUAAAGGGAGUACGCUAGGACAUAAGAAGAAGAUACGACAAGGGAGUCGUUUCCUUUUUCGUAAGAACAAC